UGUAACACUUUAAACUCAGUUUUUUUGAGUUUACCGAUUACUAAAUCAAUAUUGCUGUCCCUAAAAAACAACCUAUUGACUUGAGAUUACAACAUUUCCCUUUGCAGUUGAAUAAUCAUUGACAGAGACAUAGCUUAAAAGUUUUAAUAGGGACAGACACACAACAUCAUUUGUCUCUUCAACGGUUCAUCAUGAGGAUUGUUGUUGCUCUCCAGCUGGGCUUCUGUUGCCUGUGUCUAACACUGGCGCUUGUUGGAGAAGGGAUGGGAGUGGAAAUUCCUGAUCCACCAGCAGUAAAUUGUGUCUGGAGCCGCUGGUCAGAUUGGAGUCCUUGUGAUCCUUGCACGAAAACCAGAAGACGUUCGCGAAGUGUACAAGUGUUCAGCCAAUUUGGUGGUCUGUCCUGCGAGGGAUCUCUGGGGGACAGGGAGUUCUGUACAACAGAUUCUGAAUGUGUCCUCCCGCCUCCUCCUGCAUGCUCCGACUCAGAGUUCCAGUGCGAGUCAGGUUCAUGCAUCAAGAAGAGAUUAAUGUGUAACGGGGACUACGACUGUGAGGACGGAUCAGACGAGGACUGUGAUCCUCAGCGUAGACCCUGUGGUCCGUCAGUCCUGGAGAACAAUGAGCAAGGCAGGACAGCAGGAUACGGAAUCAACAUCUUGGGUGUAGAUCCUCGAAUGAACCCAUUCAACAAUGAUUACUUCAAUGGAAGGUGUGAUCGAGUGAGGAAUCCAAACACUCAGAAGUAUGACAGGCUUCCCUGGAAUGUUGGCGUGCUCAACUAUGAGACUUUAGUGGAAGAAACCACCUCAAGAGAAAUCUAUGAAGACACAGACAGUCUCCUGAAGGAGAUUUUGACGGAGAUGACUAACAAACUUGAUGUUGGACUUUCCUUCAAAUUCAGCCCAACUGAGAAGUCCAUGUCAGAGUCAGUUGCACCUCCUUCAACUUCAGGUGCAGCUGCACCUCCUUCAACUUCAGGUGCAGCUGCACCUUCAACUCCAAAUGCAGCUGCACCUUCAACUCCAAAUGCAGCUGCACCUUCAACUCCAAAUGCAGCUGCACCUUCAACUCCAAAUGCAGCUGCACCUUCAACUUCAAAACUAGAUUUAACCUUGGGUGCAGAAGUCGGAUUCCAGAAGAAAACGAUGAUUAGGGAGCUUUCAGAGUACACAAAAAUUAAGAACAAGAGCUUUAUGCGGGUGAAGGGCAAAGUGCAACUGAGCACCUACAGGAUGCGUUCCCGUGAGCUCCAAACAGCCAAUGAAUUCUUGGCGCAUGUCCAAUCUUUGCCUUUGCAGUAUGAAAGGGGUAUUUAUUUUGCCUUCCUGGAGGACUACGGAACUCACUACACCAAAAACGGGAAAACUGGCGGCGAAUAUGAGUUGGUUUAUGUUCUCAACCAGGACACCAUAAAAACAAAAAAUCUGACAGAGAGAACUGUCCAAAACUGCGUUAAAGUCGGCAUUUCAGCAAACUUUCAAAGCAUGGUUGAUGGCAGUGUGAAAAAUGACAACUGUAAAGAUGUAACAAACAAAAACCAAGGUGAUACAGCCGGAAAAGCAGUAGUGGACAAGGUGAUCACAUCAGUCAAAGGAGGUACUCUACAAAGUGCUGUUGGUAUGAGAGCUCAACUGAAUAAGGAAGGUGUGAUGAACAUCAAUACAUAUCAGGAAUGGGCCCGGACCAUUGCUGAGGCCCCUGCGCUGCUCACCAGUGAGCCAGAGCCCAUCUAUAUGUUAAUUCCAUUGGAUAUGCCAGAUGCUAACACCAGGAUAUCCAACCUGAAGCGGGCCACGGCCGACUACAUGGCAGAGUAUAACGUCUGCAAGUGUAAGCCUUGUCAGAACGGAGGCACUCUUGCUCUCCUGGAUGGGCAGUGUAAGUGCAUGUGCACUUUUCAGUAUGAAGGCUUGGCCUGCCAGAAUUACAAGGCAGAUAAAGUUAAACACGCAGGUGCAAGGCCGACAGUUAUUCAGGAAGGUAACUGGUCCUGCUGGUCCAGCUGGUCCAGCUGUGGCGGAGGGAAACGCACGAGGACACGCAGAUGCAACACAGACGGGCUCCUUGGAGCUGUGUGCAGAGGAGACACCAACAAUGAAGAACACUGCUAAACAGAUUAAUUACCAUUUAACAAACAAUCUUUCUCUAUUUGACACACACACAG